AUGAAUUAUUAUUACUCUUACUAUUACAUUGUUUAUGACCCUCGUCGCUGCAACUCACAACAACCAGCACAACAGCAAUCCAUCACUCAAUUAUCACUGCAUAAGCUCUGGCAGGGCGAAAAGCUCAAUAUUGGCUUACGCCGUCAAGUACUUGUUCGAAAUACCUUGUUGACUUGUCUUUUGGCUGUCAAUGAUGACGACGAAAACAACAAGCAGGAUCGCAUUCAAGAAGAAACCUGGCUUGACGCCUGUUUUAAUGACCUUGAACAAGACGAACAAGAAGUGGAGAGUGACCACCACUGGCAGUACGACGACGAAGACAUAAAAAAUAUCGCUGACGAUACUGGCCAAGAACGACGAAUAUCAUUCAUCCACCCUCAAGGUGACCAUCAUCAGAAACGACAACAAGAACAAAGGCUCGCGCUUCCUACUAAUACAGCAGAACACCAACGCCGGCAAAUCUUAAAAAGCGAUGCUAGUUACUGGCGAUGGCAUUUGUAA